AAUAGCUGAACUCUACAAAAACCUUAUGUCAAACAAUAUAAUACAUACGUCCAUACAAAAACAUAGUUCGCUGUUCUUUUCCGGUAAAAUCGUUCGCCAUGGGUCGUGUCAGAACCAAAACAGUAAAGAAGGCUGCUAAAGUCAUCAUUGAGAAGUACUACACUCGCCUUACAUUGGACUUUCACACAAAUAAGAGAAUCUGUGAGGAAGUUGCAAUUAUCCCUACCAAACCACUAAGAAACAAAAUUGCCGGAUAUGUUACUCACUUAAUGGGCCGUUUGCGUCACUCGCAAGUGCGUGGUAUUUCAAUAAAGCUGCAAGAAGAAGAACGCGAACGUCGCGAUAAUUACGUUCCGGCCGUAUCUGCUUUGGAACAAGACAUCAUUGAAGUCGAUCCUGAUACCAAGGAGAUGUUGAAACUCUUGGACUUCCACAACAUUCGUGGUCUCCAAUUGACUCAACCUUCUACUAACAACUUCAGCAGAAGAAAUUAGAUUUUAUUUAAACAUAAAUAAUAAACGGAUAAUUUUUUUCAAUAAAAAAAUUAAAAUCUAAA